UUCUCAAUUCUUUGGCAUCGUCACUAUUUCGAAUCAUAAUAUACGAUCCUCAUUCUAGUUUUAUUGACAAAUUGUUAUUAUAAGAGGAAAAGAAACUUUGGAUUCUUUGUUUAUUUAAAAAUUUCCUUAUGAUUACAUUCACGUUUAUUCAUGGUAAACGUUUCUUCUUUCAAUUCGUCUAUUACACCAAUAAUCUUAAUAGUUAUUUCCAAUUAGUUUAUAAAUUAUAAGCUCUGAAUGGACCUGUUAGUUAUCUAAAAAACACGUUUUUCAAUCUCUAUCCAAUUCCAUGCAGCAAUCAAUUAUUCCAAUUAUUCUUUUUGUCUUUACCUUUUCGAAUUUUUGAAGAGGCAUAUGUAUAGUACCCCCUAGGCCCCUACCACUUAUCUUCUAACUAUACUAAGCACUCAAUUAACCUCCCAAUAAACUUGUGUCACGUGCUAUUCUCGUGCUAAUCUUAUAGGAUACGACUCAUUCCCCUGUUUUUUUAAAGGCCUUCUUUAAAUACUUCAAAAUCCAAGACUAUAUAAGCAUUAUUCACUCCUCAAUUCCUAUUUCUAAUUCCAGUUUUAUUCGAAUAUUCUCAUUUCAAUAAUUCAAUAGUUAGCCUCUAUUAAACCCCAAACCAUCAAACAUUUUUUUCUCUGAGCUUUAGUACUAAAACUUCAAAAAAAAAAAAAUGUCUGGUUUUAGCAGAAUGAAGAGAGUUACUGACCCCUUAGACGAUAGCAUGAAGGCUCGAAUCAUUGGCCGUACUGAUGAGAAACAUCGAGAAAUCGGUUACUUCAGCAGUGGUAGCGAACACAGUGCUCACGCCGAUGAUGACGUGGCUUCUCCUAGUUUCUCCGAUCUCGUUUUCGGUUAUACUGAUAAAAAUGGCCAAGACGAAACUCCGAAAAAUGAUUCAGAUUCUGAGCCUGAUGUAUCAAUAUGUGAAGAAAUGCCGAGCCCUGUUUUUUGCAGUGACAUUGAUUUGUUUCGUAAUGUGAUUGUAUCAAGAGUUGCUAAAGCAUUGGAUAUGUUCUCCUGCAUUAAAUCGAAUAAAUCAAUGCUUCAGAGGAAUGUAAUGGCGUACCUUAGGAAUUUCGGUUACAAUGCCGCGAUUUGCAAGACGAAAUGGGAGAGUUCAGGUGGUCUUGCUGCUGGAAAUUACGAGUUUAUUGACAUAGUAAAAUCAGAUUCCACCAAUCAGAUCAUCACUCGUUACUUCAUCGAUCUCGAUUUCCGUGCCGAAUUCGAGAUCGCGAGGCCUACGUGUCAAUACGAAGGGUUAUUACAGUCCUUACCGAGUGUUUUUGUUGGUAAAAGCGAAGAGCUAAAGCUGAUACUGAGAGUAAUGAGCGAUGCUUCGAGACGAUCGUUGAAAAAUAGAGGCCUUACUUUUCCUCCAUGGAGGAAAAAUAGGUUCAUGCAGAAUAAAUGGUUUGGUUCGUAUAAAAGGACAACUAACAUUAUGCCGGCAGCGUGGUUAACGCCAUCAAAGGAGAUGAAUGGUGUAAAGUGCCGGACUGUUGGGUUUUACGCUACCGCCGUUAACGACUCUGUGUUGUUUCCCGCGAUAACUCGUACUAGAUGAUGGCAAGAGAUAGCAGCAAAUAGAAAUUAAUCAAAUUUUUGGAAGUAAAAAAAACAAAUUUUGGUAUACAGUAAUAGAUUCAUCUACUAUUUAUGUAUUUUCUGUUUCAUUUAUAUUACUUGUGUUUGAUUAAACAUGAAAUUUAAUUUAUAAAAUUAUUUGGUUUGUCCUUUGUACUUUAUACUUUGA